GUAGCACGAAAUUUCAAUGACGUGUGACGCGUGCGGACAACCGGAUGACAUCGCCCUUCGAAAACAUAUAGUCCUUCGCGUGAUAAUAAACUUGCAACUGGUGCCACUCUUGAUGGGUAGUAAAAUCUUCCGCUUCUCAAAAUCAUUUUUCUUAUUCUGUUUCAACCACUUCUGUGUCCACUGCAUCUGCGUCCACUGCAUCUCGCUGUCUGGAAUUAUGUUAAUGUUGUUGUUCAUGGCGAAAAUACUUUGAAAUACCAUAGACAAAAGUUUCGGAGCUAUAGGAGGGAAAGGAGAAAGGGGAAAAGGAUAAGGGAAAGUAAGGGACGAAAGGAAGUGAAUGAGAAAGGAAGGAAAAGGGAAGGAAUGUUAUUUGUUUGUUUUUAUUUUACUUAAAAAGUCAAAUACAUACAUUAUAAUGCCUAAGCGCCAAAAAUUUUAUAACAUACAACGAAUUAACUAGUCACCUUAGUAGUGAACGCGCUGGGAC